CUGAAAUUGCAUGCUGCGCUGGCGGUCGACCGGUCCGAUACGGCGUUCCAAUUUCCAGUUUUUUUUCUCAGUCCUACAAGAAACUCAUUACUAUCAACGCAGGCUUUUGCAAUCUUCCAAUGUAGGCCUAGGCCUAGACUAUUCAUGGGAAUUAUUUUUGGUACGGAGUUAUCUUGGUGCAUUCAGUUUGCAAACGUGUAAAGUCAAAUCACCAUGCCUCUGCCAGAAACAGAUGAAUAUUCAGAUGUCCAGGUUUACUUCACAGCCAAUGAAUGGGCAGAUAUCAGCGAUUACGAAAGGAUUUGUAUCCAGAAUGUCAAGGAAAACUAUGAGAUGAUGACACAAGUUGGGGUACAGGUCAACCCACCAAUGUUCAUGCAGCGUCAGCAGGGAAUUCAUAAAGAGAUAAUUGAGGAAAGUGAGGGGACAGAGACAAGAGGGUCUUCUGACGUUCAUAAUCAACAGGGAAAUACAUGUCAUACAGAGAAGAAUGAGUUACAUAAAGAGAAUUUGAAUACAUUCACUAUAAAAGUAGAGGCCGAGUAUGAUGAUGAUGGCAAUCUGCUAGGUGAGGCUAAUCACGAUGCAGAAGGGAAAAUUACUGAUCUGGAAUGGAAGAACUAUGAUCAAAUUACCCAGACACAAACCAAUCCAAUAUUAUCAGGUGAUCAGAGGACCAAGUCAGGUGAUCUCAUCAUUCUGUCAUGUGAUCAGAAGGCAGAAGAAGCUUCAGGAGGCAGCCAGUCUCCAACCCAAUUCCAAUCCAUGUAUGAAAAGGAUUCUGGAAUCUACAGAUGCGAGUAUUGCGGAUCAGUCUAUGCUAUUCCUCUCAUCUUAGCAAGGCAUCUCAAGUACAAACAUGGGCUUAAUGGUGUUGUCUUGCCAUCGUAUGCAUCAAAGGAAAGCAUUCUACAGUUUGUUGAAGGAGAAAUACAAAAAUACAUGUGUGAAAUUAAUUAUUUUACCCAUAGUGAAAAGAGAAUUUUGAAAACAGGAAAUAGGGAAAAUAUGAUACUUGAAAAGAAACCUUAUGUAUGCAAUCAGUGUGGUAAGGCAUUUAUUACUGCAAAUCAUCUCACAACACAUAAACGCAUCCAUACAGGUGAAAAGCCCUAUCGUUGUGAUCAAUGUGGUAAGGAAUUUCAUGAAAUAUCCAAUCUCACAACACAUAAACGAAUCCAUACAGGUGAGAAACCCUUUGUAUUUGACCAAUGUGGUAAGGCAUUUUAUGAAAAAUCCAAUCUCACAGUACACAAACGUAUCCAUACAGGUGAGAAGACCUAUGUAUGUGAUCAGUGUGGUAAGGCAUUUAAACGUAAAUCUCAUCUGAAAACACAUAAACGCAUCCAUACAGGUGAAAAGCCCUAUGUAUGUGAUCAAUGUGGUAAGGCAUUUCGUGAAAUAUCCAAUCUCACAACACAUAAACGACUCCAUACAGGUGAGAAACCCUUUGUAUGUGUUCAAUGUGGUAGGAUGUUUAAUCAAAAAGGAAGCCUCACAAUCCAUAAACGAGUCCAUACUGGUGAGAAGCCCUUUGAGUGUGAUCAGUGUGGUAAGGCAUUUAGUAAUGGAAGUUCAUUGAGAAGACACAUACGGAUCCACACAGGUAAGAAGCCCUAUGUUUGUGAUCAAUGUGGUAAGGCAUUUAACCAUGACUAUGCUCUUACAAUACAUAAAAGAGUUCAUACUGGUGAGAAGCCCUUUGUAUGUGACCAAUGUGGUAAGGCAUUUUCUGAAAAAUCCAAUCUUACAGUACACAAACGUAUCCAUACUGGUGAGAAGCCCUAUGUAUGUGAUCACUGUGGUAAGGCAUUUAAUGUUGAAUCUCAUCUUAAAACACAUAAAUGCAUCCAUACAGGUGAAAAGCUCUAUGAGUGUGAUCAAUGUGGUAAGGCAUUUCAUCAAAUAUCCAAUCUCACAACACAUAAACGAAUCCAUACAGGUGAGAAACCCUUUGUAUGUGUUCAGUGUGGUAGGAUGUUUAAUCAAAAAGGUAGCCUCACAAUCCAUAAACGAGUCCAUACUGGUGAGAAGCCCUUUGAGUGUGAUCUGUGUGGUAAGGCAUUUAGUGAUGGAAGUUCAUUGAGAAGACACAAACGGAUCCACACAGGUAAGAAGCCGUAUGUUUGUGAUCAAUGUGGUAAGGCAUUUAACCAUGACUAUACUCUUACAAUGCAUAAAAGAGUUCAUACUGGUGAGAAGCCCUUUGUAUGUGACCAAUGUGGUAAGGCAUUUUCUGAAAAAUCCAAUCUUACAGUACACAAACGUAUCCAUACUGGUGAGAAGCCCUAUAUAUGUGAUCAGUGUGGUAAGGCAUUUAAUGUUGAAUCUCAUCUUAAAACACAUAAACGCAUCCAUACAGGUGAAAAGCCCUAUGUGUGUGAUCAGUGUGGUAAGGCAUUUAAUCGUGAAGAUCUUCUCACAACACAUAAACGAAUCCAUACAGGUGAGAAACCCUUUGUAUGUGUUCAAUGUGGUAGGAUGUUUAAUCAAAAAGGUAGCCUCACAAUCCAUAAACGAGUCCAUACUGGUGAGAAGCCCUUUGAGUGUGAUCUGUGUGGUAAGGCAUUUAGUGAUGGAAGUUCAUUGAGAAGACACAAACGGAUCCACACAGGUAAGAAGCCGUAUGUUUGUGAUCAAUGUGGUAAGGCAUUUAACCAUGACUAUACUCUUACAAUGCAUAAAAGAGUUCAUACUGGUGAGAAGCCCUUUGUAUGUGACCAAUGUGGUAAGGCAUUUUCUGAAAAAUCCAAUCUUACAGUACACAAACGUAUCCAUACUGGUGAGAAGCCCUAUAUAUGUGAUCAGUGUGGUAAGGCAUUUAAUGUUGAAUCUCAUCUUAAAACACAUAAACGCAUCCAUACAGGUGAAAAGCCCUAUGAGUGUGAUCAAUGUGGUAAGGCAUUUCAUCAAAUAUCCAAUCUCACAACACAUAAACGAAUCCAUACAGGUGAGAAACCCUUUGUAUGUGUUCAAUGUGGUAGGAUGUUUAAUCAAAAAGGUAGCCUCACAAUCCAUAAACGAGUCCAUACUGGUGAGAAGCCCUUUGAGUGUGAUCAGUGUGGUAAGGCAUUUAGUGAUGGAAGUUCAUUGAAAAGACACAAACGGACACAACUAUGUUUGUGAUCAAUGUGGUAAGGCAUUUAAUCUUGAAUGUACUCUUACAAUACAUAAAAGAAUCCAUACUGGUGAGAAGCCUUUUUAUGUGAUCAAUGUGGUAAGGGGUUUUAUAAAAAAUCCAAACUCAUAGUACACAAAUGUAUCCAUACAGUUGAAAAGCCCUG